CGGGACUGACACCUUUACCGCCCUGCCAUACCCUCCCUCUGCGCCAAUCUCCGACCUCUGUUGCAGGGCAGAGCAGAGCAGAGCAGUCCACUGCAGCUCCGACGCUACCACACUUAACCCCCUUGGUCCUCUUCAUCGUCUCUCGAUUUGGGACUGAUCCCGCUAGAGCCUCGUCCCCGCAUCAUAGCAAACUCGUCCAUGCCCUCAACUUCCCAUCCUCUAUACACAUCACAUCACGUUUCAGGCAAAGUUUCACCUUCCUAUACCACCUAUUAAGCCUCGGUCUACUAGCGUCUUCAUCAUCUUCUUACGCUUCACGCCCUUCGAGAUGCAUCUUCAAGACUAGUAGCUGGCCUCUUUCGUCUCUGUCUCGUCGGUCCUUUACACGUCCACAAUGGCCUCCCUCGCCACUUCUACCUCCACGGGGCUGCCGUCCGGCCUGUCAACCAAUGUUCUGCCGUCUCCUACUGGCGCCCUCGAUGACCCUGCUUACCUCGAAGCCUUGGCCUACUACUACACUAGCCACGCGGUGCCUCAAAGUUACCACGUUGGCCUGGUCAUCGCAUCCAUCGUAGUCGCCUACUAUGGAGCAUGGUGUACCAUCUUCCUCCUCGCCCGCCGCACCACCACAAAGGGCUAUCGCAACAUCAUCCUCCUCGUUCUCGCCGCUACAGUGAUGUCCACCCUGGGUGUAUGGGGAAUGCACUUCGUAGGCAUUCACAUGGCCGUAAGACCAGUGGAAGGCAUCUUGUGGUUCGUCACCUUCGAUCCAGGCUACACGGCCUUGUCCCUCCUGGUCACCAUCUUCGGGAGCGUCGUCGCCUUUCUCUUCAUCGAUGCCGUCCGCUUCACCCUCUGGCGCGUAAUCGCCUCGGGAGUACUACUCGGAGGCGUCAUCGGCCUGAUGCACUUCUCUGCCACCUUCCAGGCAAACUUCUUCGCCACAUACCAACCCCUCGAGACGGUAAUUUCCAUUCUCUUGGCAAUGGCAGCAUCUACCGUCGCCCUCACCAUCUUCUUCCAUCCACGCUUGCAAUCCGGCAAGCGAUGGUGGCGGCGACUCAUUGCCUCUGCUCUCCUUUCGACAUCUGUGGCGGGAAUGCAUUACAUCGGAAUGGCCGGUACAUCCUUCUUUGUGCGAAUCGAGGACAUUCAGCGGACACAGACCAGAUACGCCUCCCAUCAGGAUGACCUCGUCAUUGCACUACCAUUGCCCAUCAUCAGUGCUCUCGUAGCUCUUCUCUGUGUCGGUAUUCACCUUGUGGACCUUCGUGAGGCCAAGACACAGAGUGAAGCCGCCAGGAGUGUCGUCGUCUGCUCAGCUACCUUUAACAACAAGGGCCAACUCUUGGUAAAGGAACAGGGUGGACUGCCCAUCGUCGUCAUCAAGACACCUAUGCGGCAAGCUGAGGUUCGAGCCCUCCUCGACAGUCGACAACCAACCUUCCAGUGGCUCUUUGCAGUCUCAUGGGAGUGGGACUUGGUUGUAGACUGGCUAAGAGGCAUCGGGCAAAGAUUCCUGCGCCUCGAGAGCAACAGCAGAAAGGGCUCCAAGGAUGAAGCGAACGCUAACCGCAACGACGACUACCGGGGCAACUUGUUCGAACGCUUGGGACAGAGGGGUCGUCCCACACACACGCUAGAGUUUGAUGACCCUAUCACGACGGAAUUCAGAGACAAGGUGAUUGAUGCAGCUCGUCAACUUGCCGUCGAGCUAGACAUUGCUUUCCAAGAAGUGGGUGUACUCUACGAUCGAGCCAUCCUCACGGGAACGCGCAAGCGAAAGUCACCCGCAAAGAUCGACGCAGCACGGGAGAAGGCUGCGAGCAGACUGCCGGACAUGGAUGUGGAGGAAGGUAUGACCGUUCACACGGUCAGCACGAGAUCUAGCAUGUCUGACGAACAGCGACCUGCCGCUCCUACCUUCUGGGACACACUACUCAGGCGUAAGCCGCAAGAGGAAGAAAAGGAAGGAGAAGGCCUCAUCUUGUUCCUCGUCCGAAAAUUGGAAGGAUCCAUAGACAAACCCGGAGCAAUGAGCGCCUCGGAGGAGCAGUACCUCGAACGUGGCUUCCGCAUGAUGGAUAUCCGCUUCCUGACUGCUGCCUUUGCGGACCGUCUAGAAGUAUCAAAGCAAGAUGCGAGCAGUAUGCUCAAGGCACUUCAGACUUAUGCCAAGCGCGGUACGGUACCCCUCGUGCAGGCAGGAGGAGUGUAUGCUGGUCUCUUUGGUGUCCGAGCUUCCACUUCGCGAUUUGGUGGUCUCGAGACUCUCGUGUACGGCUUUGCCCGGCACCAGAUUCCAGCGUUCCGAUUGCCAAAGGUGGAAAAGAUUACCCCUGCAAAUCGACGCUUCAUCAAGCGACUCGAUCAGAUCACACUCGACGAGGCAAUGGCAAUGUGCAACACCGAAUCGUUGCGUAUCAGGGAGCGAUCUGAGCUAGUCGCCCAGAAGCAGGGCGAGGGAAACAACAACGACGAGGAUGAAGACUUGGCUGCCGAGGUUCAAGCACUUGCGGACCGAGAGCAAUUCGUUGCAUCUUUGUACUCGGCGUUCGAAGCGCUCGUUGCAUCAGUCGCCGUCUAUCCCAACCUUGCGGCUUCUGCUCGUGUCUCCUCUGAGCUGCUGCAAAUGCCGUCGAGCUUGGACGACUCGUCUGAGCCAGCUGAGAUGGUAAUUGUCCACGCCGUGCUUCCCGAAGAGUCCUCGGAUCAGAUUGACCCGUCCCAAGUCCUGCCGGCGUACCGGACGCAAGAGGGGACGCCCUACGUCUUCACGCCAUACUCCCUCUUCCACAAAGCGCAGAUGAUGCUGAUGCAGGGCAAGGAGGCCAGGGACUUUGAGCACGAGGUGCGGUGGGAGAUGAAGCGACGAUACCAUACCUGGGGCACAGGGGCAGCACCGGACGAUCCUUCCACUGCCAAGCCUAACGACAUGACCGCGACCGCACCCGAUGCCCCAGCUUACGCUAUGGACGGCACGUCUCUAUCGAAGAUUCUCAGCGCGCGAAGGUCGUCGGCUACCCCUUCUUCAGUGGCUGAGAUGCCACCCCCUACUUUGGGGGAGCGUGUGUGGGCGGCAGUAACCUUUGGGCUAGGUGCGGGUUCCAGACAUCGAGCACAACAGAUGCCACUCAUGAAGUCGCAACAGCGAGCUACAGAUCUACCGGACGUUGCUACUCUGGCGAGAGACCCCAGCUCAAGCGCACCUGUAUCACCCGUAUCACCCGGAUUCCCAAAGAACGCAUCGCAGCAAGAGUCGGGUACGUCUACGUCUACAUCGGCGAGCGUUGCUAGACCGCUCACCACUAUCAACGAGUCGCCCAGGUGGUCCACCGGACCAAGUCCUCAAACCAGCACUAGAGCAUCGAUGGGCAACGUCAUCCUUCCUGCGAUGUUGUCCACACCUCGGGUCAGGCUGACGCCGCAUAACUUUGGUCCUGUACCAAGGUCGCCAAAGAAAGGCACGCUUUUGCCCACGCCUCCACCUUUGGGACCUGGUUUCGGAUCUAGUAUGGGUGCUGGUCUCGGUGGCUCGAGGGCAGGAUUGAACUUACGAGGUCUGUCCUGGACGGAGGACAAGGCGGGCAGUAAACAACAGCAGCAAAGGGAAUCGCAGGUAGGAGAUGAGGCCAUUGAAAUGGUCGCCAGCACCAGCUCCCGCGGCCGCAGUGGAAGUGCAGGUCGACGUCCCUCUAUGCCUGCCGAAGGGACUCCCGCUGGUCUGAGCGGCAAUGAGUCUAUGCUCGGUCUGCAAUCCGUGCCGGCUUCGCCGACGCAGGGCCACAGUCCAAGCAACCACCCCUCGGGUUCUUCGCUCUUUGCUGCCGGAUCGCCCUUUGACUCUCCCUCGAUGGGAGGCCUAGCACAGCCUGCAGCGGCAGCUCUGGUUCCCUCGCCUCCGCAGAGCACAGGAGCACAUUCAGGCAAUGCUUCUACAGGUGGUAGUGCUGGUACACCGCAAUUGCAAGCCCAGGCUCAGGCGCAGGCGCAGAGUCAAAGCCCAGCACCAGCAGUGAUGCCUGCCCCUGUACGCAAUCUCGCCUCUCUGGAAGCGAGGGUGAGGAGUGAUGGAUGGACCACGAGGCAUCUGAGGGAGAUUGAGAGGAGUCCUGCGGGUCCUUCUUUGCUCGGAGUAGAUUAUUGAUGGUACGCCUAACAAAGUGAAGCGAAAUGAAGGUGGGCGGGGAGGGGGGCUUAGAGUUUGAGAGGGAGAGGAGCAGGGUAGCCGAAGACUGGAGUCGCAUUGCACCUAGACCUCCUACUCGUUUCAUAAGCAGUCACUCAUUCCCCCACGUCCCCCGAAAUACACGACACAACCGUGAUCACACCUUGCCUUUUACACUGUAUCCGUACUCUUUCUCCUUCUUGGAUACCUAGACU